UGCUGCUGCAAGCUGCUGGUGUUGCCGUGACGAUGAUAUCCUCCCCCUCCCACUCACACACACUCACACACACACACACACACACACACUCAGUGGAGGGGAGAGGAGAGGGAGCAAACAAGACGCUAUCAUGACGCGAUGGCUUCAGGCUGGAAAACAGGAGCUCAGUGAUCACCUGCGACUGAGGGGAACAUGGAAACUGUCCUCAGUUUGAACUCUCUGUGAAUUAAAUCAACGCCAACGUCUGCUGCUUUUUCCUCAAAUCAGACGUGAAGAGGAUUGACUUUUUGGUAUAUUGCUCUGGGAAUAGACAACACAUGGAAGCAGACGGGUGGUGUAAUUGGAAGAUUUGGAUCCCUUUACACCUUUUUAUCCGACAGGACUGGACCAGAGGCUCAAAUAAAGGGCAUGUCUGAAAUGUUAUCCCUCCCUCUUUUUGCCAGAGAAAUCAAGGAAUUAAAGCUCUGACAGAAGUGGAUGACUGAACAUUAAAAUCACAGAAAAAGAAGACCUACAUCUCAUUGCUUUUGACUUUUUUCUGGCUGCUGUGUGGAAACAUCCUGGAUGUUUAAUCCCUCAGAUUUGAGCCAUGCUCAUCCUGAGAUCCAACUCGUGCCAAAGGUCAUCAUAAGGAGUUUGUUUGACUCUUUUGCCCUUUCCCUCUCAAACACACAAUGGAAUAAAGUGUGAAACAAGGAGUUUACUGAAACGACCACACAAGCAGACAGUAGGAAACCUUGUACCUGAACAUCCAGCCCCUUCCCCUGGCUGCCGUGUGGAAUAAGGGGUGUGUUCGGAGGUUCACCCCCACCAGGCUGCCACUCGCAGAUGGAGGCCCACCAACACUCCCCAGAUAGCAGCAGUGAGGAGUGUACCGUCCUGGAGGCUCCGCCCGGCAAAAACGCCUGCCCGCAACAUGCAGGGAAGGUGGCUGACCUGUACUGUUCAGCCUGCGAGUGUGUGCUGUGUGAGGACUGUUUGUCGGAGCAUGAAGAGCACCCUAAGGUGGCCCUCAGCCAGGCCCUGGAGCAGCACCGCAGCAGCCUGCAGGAGAAGCUGGGGACCGUCCAGAACAGACUCCCUCAGAUUUCAGACGCCCUGUCCUUCGUUAAAGAGAUCCUCCAACAGCUGACCAAUCAGAGAGCUUCCAUCGAAGAGGACAUCCAGUCGAGCUUCGAGGAUCUGCACAAACAGCUGGAUGUCCGGAAGAGUGUUCUGCUGAUGGAGCUGGAAGUCACAUAUGGGCUCAAACAGAAGGUCCUCCAGGCCCAGGUGGACAACCUCAUCCGGGGAGAGGGGGACAUCACGGCCACCUGUACCCAGUCAGAGGAGGCUCUGGCUGGGGAGGCGUGCGUGGCGAGUCUGCAGGUCGAGCAGGAGCUCCAGGAGAGGCUGGGCGAGCUGGCCUGCCUCGGCCUGCCAUGUCAGCCAGAGGAGAACGACCAGCUGGAUCUGGUGAUGGAGACUGAUGGGCUCAGGAAGUCCAUACACAACCUGGGGACCAUUGUCACAACCAGUGCUGUGGCGAGCCAGAGCGAGGCUAUGGGCGCAGGCCUGGAACAGUGCAUUGUGGGACAUCCUGCCUCAGUUACCAUAGUGACAAGAGACAAGUCAGGAGGAGCCUGUAAGAUUGGAAAUGCAAUCCUGUCGGCGGAGGUUUUUACCCCAGAUGGCAGCAUAGUGGACGGUGAAAUAGUGGACCACAAGAAUGGGACUUAUGAGUUUGUGUACAUAGUGCCGAAAGAGGGUGACUUCUCAUUGGCUCUCCGUCUAUACGACCAGCACAUCAAAGGAAGUCCCUUCAAACUGACUGUCAGCAGGGUCUCAGAGACAGAAGUCGAGGUGUCCCCCUCAACCACCACAGCAACCAACUCAGCAGCCUACGCUACCCCAUCCACAGGCUCCUCUGAGGGGGCAAAGAGAAGAGGAAAGUCUCCUGGACAGAAGAAGAAGGGUUCAAAGAGAGCCAGCAGUGCACUCGGAACCCCACGACGCAAAACCCAAAACCCCAUUGAGGAUGACCUCAUCUUUAGGAUCGGAACAAAGGGGCGGAAUAAAGGAGAGUUCACCAACCUUCAAGGAGUGGCUGCUUCCUCCAGCGGCAGGAUUCUAAUUGCUGACAGCAACAAUCAGUGUGUACAGAUUUUCUCCAAUGAGGGUGAAUUUAAGAGUCGUUUUGGGGUGCGUGGACGGUCGCCGGGACAAUUGCAGCGUCCCACAGGUGUAGCUGUUCACCCCAGUGGUGACAUUAUCAUUGCUGACUACGACAACAAGUGGGUCAGCAUCUUCUCCUGUGAGGGCAAGUUCAAGGCAAAGCUUGGCUCUGGUAGACUGAUGGGGCCGAAGGGAGUGUCUGUGGACCAGAAUGGUCAUGUGAUCGUGGUUGACAACAAGGCAUGCACUGUAUUCAUCUUCCAGCUGACCGGAAAGCUCAUUGCUAAGUUUGGUAGUCGAGGCAACGGUGACAAGCAAUUUGCAGGUCCACACUUUGCGGCAGUGAACAAAAACAAUGAGAUUAUUGUGACUGACUUCCACAACCACUCUGUCAAGGUUUUCACCCCCGAGGGAGAGCUGGUCUUGAAAUUUGGCUCUAACGGUGAGGGGAACGGCCAGUUCAACGCUCCCACUGGUGUAGCUGUGGACAUUAAUGGUAACAUCAUCGUAGCUGACUGGGGCAACAGCAGAAUACAGGUGUUUGAUGGCAGUGGCUCUUUCCUUUCCUACAUCAACACAUCAGCAGACCCCCUGUAUGGACCCCAAGGUCUAGCUCUGACCUCAGAUGGACAUGUGGUAGUGGCUGACUCUGGCAACCACUGCUUUAAAGUCUAUCGUUACCUACAAUGAUGGAGGCUUGGACGGAGAGAUGAAGCAGAGGCAGGAGAGACGGAGAGAGGGAGCAGAUGUGGAGGAAAAAUGUUGUGCACGAUGUCAAACUCUAGGAAUAAUUGCAUGAACUGCAGCCUGAAAAGAUGGAAGGAGGGAUGGAGGAUUAAGGUGAAGAGGAGGAAGCAAAGAAAAAGGAUUUGCUGUCAUUACAUCAUUCAACCACAACAAAAAUCCGAUCAAGAUCUGAUGUCUUUGAUGGUUUUGAUUAAGUAAUGUCAUCAAAAGUUAAUCCAUGGAUAUAAAGAAAGGAAGGACGAACACCGGUCUUGACCUACAGUCUCUUGAAUUCUAACGAUGAAUGAUGAUUUUGGCAGAUGAGGCAAAGAAAGAUGUUGGCUUCAAGACCCAAAUUUGAGAAAUAUUGCAUAUUGGAACACUGAGUAAUGCAGAGGAUGGCGUAAAAAAAAAAGUUAUGCAACGACUAAUUCAUGAUGUCAAUUUCCGGAACUCCCUGUUUCUCCAAGUUUGGCAUUAGUAGAAGAAUGGAUUCAAUAAGACUUUUAAAAAAGAAAUUAAUGAAGAACAAGUAAAGGAUGCAAUGAAGAGAAGGUCUUCAGAAACCGCUGCUUCCUAAACCCACAAUUGAGUGAAUGACGGAUCGAGGGAUCAAAAUAUUAAAGGCAUGGAUGAAUGCAUAAAGGAUGGAUUGAAAGAUUAAAUGUUUUCUAUUGCUCUGCCUUCUCUUAUUGUAUGUAUUGACAAAAUAGUGGCCAGUGAGCUAAAACAGGUCUACGUCUUGGUUUGACACCAUUUGCUAAUCCAGGUCAUUAUCACAGACUUCCCUUAUGGCUUCUGUACCUUAGUUUACAUUUGUACACAAAGAUCAACUCUGACAAUUGGAAGCUACCAUUAGUUACCAGCUCUUGGAGCUUCUUUGUGUACCUGUGAGCAAAGCACUUAACUUAAAACUGGUCCAGUGGUAGAAAACGGUGGUAGUAAACGUGUAAAUCUGUAAAUAUAAAGCAAGCUUGAAAAGGGCAACCUCACCAAGCCCAAUUUCCACUGACUGUUCACUCUGCAAUGGUCAUGGAUCACAUGUGAAGCUAAGACAUGGGCCACUUUUAGCCUGUUGUCCAUUGUUUGUACAUUAGGAUUGUCUGAAUAUGGAAUGUUUCUUAUUUUCUUGCCACAUGCUAGCAUUCUUUACAAGUCUUAGGCAAUAGAUUCAUUAGCAGACAUGGUUGCUUGAUUCUUAUUCUGACUGAAUGAUUGAUCGAUUUGGUUGAUUGACACGGUAGCUUUGACGAGCAGCAUUGUCUAUCUGUGCUAGGUUUGAGUGCUCAUAUAUUUUUCCUCAGAAAUCUGUUGCAAGGAGAAAAAAAAGUCUAUAAAUCUAUCCUAUAUAUUUGUGAGAAUACCUUUAAUAAUAUCAUGUAAAAUGCUCAGUCAUUAAGAUAUUUGGAAUCAGUAACAUUUUUACACAGUUGUUUCUGCUCUGCAUUAUUUUUUGUUUCCCAAGGAUGUUCCACCAAGUCUCAAGGCCCUACUGUGCUGUGAUUGGCUGGCAGUACUGUGGUAUGACUGUCUUGAACUCAUUGCGCUGCUGAGUCCUUGUGAUUGCAUCUGACGUUCACCCAGAAGACCAGAAGACCAAAAUAUUGUCAGUUUUCAGCUGCAAAAAACUACUUGCUUUCGUUUAGGUGACAAAACUAGUAAUGGUACCAGCCAAUCACAGCAGUCAGGCUAGACAAGGUGAAACGGUCUUGUGUGGAAAAAAAAAAAAAUGCUUCUGCUCGCUGUCUCAAAAAGCAAGUUGCCCGGGGGAGGGGCAUUCUAGAAUGUUUCAACUCAUUCCGUCAUAUUGCCAAGGAUUCUAGAAUUCCAAGAAGUGCUGUCGCUGGCUUGUAUAAUUCCACAUGUUCUGCCAUCACCCGUCGGACAAUACCUCAUUGUUCUAGAAGCAUGCCUCUGUAUUACGUGAUUGUUGACAUCAAACAUACCACUAAAAACAUUUACAAACAGUUCACCCGCUCCUCAGAAGAUUCACAGUGAAGUUAAGUACUGCAAAGGACAUGAAACAAAUGAGACAUUGCAAAGCAUUUACAAAUUACUUUUGGAAAAGUACUAUGUGUAAGUGGUGAUAGUGAUACAAAGCAUUUACAUUAAUUAUUAAACAGAAAAGGGUUUUAAUCACAUCAGAAUUAAGUUGGUCGCUUUAAUCUUCAAUAUUAAUAAACAGAAAACACUGUUGUCGACUAACAGAUGCUUGUGGUAGAGGAAGUGGUGUCCUUUCCAUUAUUAACAUGAUGUUGUUUGUCAGUCUAUUUACUGAAGCAGGAAGUGAGAAAGUCAUUAUCAUGGUAUAUUAUGUUUCACAACUGAUACAACGUUUUCGCACACGUUAAGUCAGUUAUUUUAUUUAUUUAUUUAUCUAUUUAUUUAUUCAUUUAAUCAUUUAAAUCUUUCUAUAUUGCCAUUUGAUUGUGUUCCACCAUGUGCAUUGACAUUCUUAAGUGCCCAUUAUAUUUCUUCUUUUUGUACAUUUCGCCUGUUGUGUUGACUCAAACUAUGAUUGUUGGUAUUUGAUACAUUUUAUAUUGACUGUUGUGAGUGGACAAAUCAGCAUUUAACAUUCAUUUGAUUAUUUUUUUGUUAAAUGAAAGUUUUCGUGGGGGAAAAAUAAUCACACCAGCCAGUCAGCAAAAUUAGCUUGUUAGUAUUGCAUUUCUAAUUGAAACCAAUGGACACUUUUAGCACAAAGCUGAUAUGUUGGCUGUAGCUAAGAAUACGGCACAGUGAACAAACUAACAAAGCAUUAGCUGUCCAGGUCAGGAGAUAUGUUUGAGGUUCAAGUACUGUUUUUUUUCCCUUUUUUGUAACAAAUUGUUUAAAUAGUUUUAAGCUUACUUAGAGGAUUUUGGUUAAUUGUAGCCAUGGGUUUCAAUGAUGAAAGCUAACAAUGCUUGCAGUCUCUGUUACACAUAGCAAAGACAAAAUAGGUUUUUAAAAUCAAUGUGAUAAGUGCAUGUUCAAUAAAAAUAGCAGUUCAAACGGUAAGUUGUCAAUAUCCCAAACAGGAGUUCAUUUUUCCCCCCAAUGGUGACUGAAUCUCAAAUUGUGCUCAUUGAUUCUGAGCUGGGAUGACAUUUUUGGAUUUGUUGGCAUUAUUGAUUGUUUCAACAAAACCAGGUUGUGUUUCUUAAAAUAAUCUGGGCCUUGUUUGCUGAACAUUCGGCCUUAAUGUCAGUAAUACGUUUGAAUGUUGUUUCAAAGUUGAUAUGAUGGAAUUGCCUUCUCAGUAAUCUUGGUUUGAAAGUUAUUGCAAAUGUAACAAAUAGCUAUUUGUUAAACGAAUGCAAUAGAACUCCAAACAAAUAGCUCAUUUCUAGACUAAACAUCCAUUUGAGGGAAUAUGAUGCAUGGAAUUUAUUAUAUCAGUUGGUAAUGUGAAAAUAAAGUAGAAAUUCCUUAAUUAAUAACAGGCUUUGGUGUGUACCAUUGCUUUUUCUUCAAAUGGAUGUGUAGUGCUUUGAAAUACAGCUGAUAGUUUCUUACAGUGUCACUUGCCUGCUCUUUCUCUCUCUCUGUAUUUACUAUCUGUCAUGUCUGUUCACUGGUAUGGACUGUCUCUUUAAUAUUCACACAUACACGCUCAACACUGAAAUAAAGCAUUGAUUCCUAAAUGGUA